CGGCGGCUCUUCCGUCGCGCCCGGGCGGCCGCAGCGCUCCUGGCCCGAGGCUGCUGCCGCCGCCGCGCGCGUCGGGACCUGCCGGCGGUCUGAGCUUGCGGCGGUUGUAACGGCUCCGCCCGUCAGCGGCGUUGAGGAGAGAGACAGAUUUCAAUGGAACAGCAGAUUGAAUGAAUGCUUGUCUUCAUUUUUGGGUGAUGGAUAAAUUCAAAGAGCAUACAAGCGACUCUUUCCUGGUCUGAGUAAUUUAAGCAUAAAGACAUGUUUAUGUAGGAAACUGAAAGUAGCAUAGCAAAAGUACUCAUGGGUAAGAGAAAGGAAGAAAGUAUUUCAAAGCCUGGAUCCCAUAAAAGGCAGAGACAAGAAUAUGCAGAUGAACAUAGUGAUGAGUCUAAUGAAGAAGAAAAUUCACAGUCAUCAGCUGAUAGUAAUUCAACUGUAGGGGAAGUUGGGAUAAUUGAAAGUAUCCAGCUGAAGAACUUUAUGUGUCAUUCGAUGUUGGGGCCUUUUCAGUUUGGAUCAAAUCUCAAUUUUGUUGUUGGAAGCAAUGGAAGUGGGAAAAGUUCUGUAUUAACUGCUCUUAUUGUUGGACUUGGUGGAAAAGCCACUGCAACUAAUAGAGGUUCCUCAUUAAAAAUGUUUGUACGAGAUGGAGAGACUUCUGCAGAUAUUUCCAUAACAUUGCGAAACCGAGGUAGAGACGCAUUUAAACCAGAAGUGUAUGGUGGCUCUAUUAUUGUGAAUCAGCACAUUACUCUGGAUGGAAGCAGAAGUUAUAGACUGAAAAGCAAAUCUGGGACCUUAAUUUCUUCAAAGAAAGAGGAACUCAUAGGAAUACUGGAUCACUUUAAUAUACAGGUAGAUAAUCCUGUCUCUGUUUUAACCCAAGAAAUGAGUAAGCACUUUUUACAGUCUAAAAAUGAAGGUGACAAGUACAAGUUUUUUAUGAAGGCAACUCAGCUGGAACAGAUGAAAGAAGAUUAUUCAUCUAUUAUGAAAACUAAAGAAAAUACAUGUAUUCAGAUAGAACAAGGAGUAGAGCGUCUUCAAGAACUUAAGCGACUUUAUUGUAAAAAAAAGGAACAUUACAAAAGCAUUGGGUUUGUGAAUGACAUGCGAAAUCGUCUUGAAGAGUUGAAACAUAAAAUGGCAUGGGCAGUGGUAGGUGAGAUGGAAAAAGAAAUACAGCCAAUCAAAGAAGGCAUCAGAACUGAAGAAGGAAAUACAGACAAGUUUAUUCAGAAGCUAGAAGAAUGCCAGGUAAAAGUGAGUGAAGCAGAAGAAAAGUACAAAACAAUACAAGAGAAGUUAAUAACAGUAAGUGAAGAAGCACAAGCCCUGCAUCCUCAGCAUAUUUCUUUGAAGGCCGAUGUGCAGGCAAGAAGAAAAGCAGUCAACGAAGCUGAGGUACUUUAUAACCGUUUCAAAACUGAGUUAAAACAUCUGGGAAAAGACAAUGAACAGCUACGUAAACGAAUUGAAGAACUGAAAAGCAGUGCUAAUCAGGUUUCAGAGCCUGAAAAAUUGGAAAGGCAAAGGAAAAUUGCACACUUAAGGGAACAGUUAAAGGCAGUCCAUGAUGAAGAAACAAUGAUUGGUCAACAGGUGGAUCAGUUUCAGCAGGCUAUAUAUAAGUAUAAGGAAGAACAUGCUAGACUUAGGAGAGAAGACUGUGAUGUGAAAGAAGCACUGGGUGCCAAGCAGAAACAGCUGAGAGAGCUGAAAGAUAGUAAAACAAAUACCUUGAAAAGAUUUGGACCGCAUAUACCAGCAUUUCUUGAAGCAGUUGAAACAGCUUACAGGCAAGGGCGCUUUAAACACAAACCUGUUGGACCUUUAGGUGCUUUCAUUCAUCCAAAAGAUGCUGAGCUGACCUUGGCUGUUGAAUGUUGUUUAAAAAGCCUAGUUCAGGCAUUUUGCUGUGAUAAUCAUAGCGAUGAAAGAGCUCUUCAGCUACUGAUGUCAAAAUAUUAUCCACGUGGAUUUAGACCUCAAAUAAUUGUAAAUAAAUUUCAGAAUGAAGUUUAUGAUGUUAGACACAGAGGAGUUCAUCAUCCAGAAUUCCCAUCAGUUCUCACAGCAUUGGAAAUAGAUCAUGCAGUGGUUGCCAAUUGUUUGAUCGAUGUGAGGCGUAUAGAAGCAAUCCUGCUGAUUAAAAGUAGCUGUAAAGCUCGUGAAGUAAUGCAGUUUAAUCGGCCCCCAAAAAAUUGUAGAGAAGCUUUCACUGCUGAAGGUGAUCAAGUAUUUGAAAGACGGUAUUACUCUUCUGAUUACCUCAGACCCAAGUUCCUAAGCAAAGAUGUUGAAGCGGAAAUAAGUCACUUGGAGAAAGAAAUUGAAAACAAAAAGUCACAGUUGACAGCAUCUCAGCAACGUUUAUAUUCCAUUGAAAAUGAGAUUAGGCAGAAUGAAGAUCAUCUUCACAGUCUUCGACGACGCCAAAAAGAACUACAGAUAAAAAUAAGAAGAACAAAUGCAGAAAUAGCAGAUAUCGAAAAUAUGGAAGAACACCAGUCAGUGGACAUCCGUACAUUAGAAGAUGAAGCUGAAGAAAAUAAGGGUAAGAUGGAAUCUGUAAAAAAAGACAUGCAGCAACAAAGCAGAAAAAUGGAAGAACUGAAAAAUACUCUCCAGUUAGCUGAAAAAAAGUUAGAAGAAAUGAAAGAAAAAAUUCAUCAAGUAGAAGAAGUUGCUGGUCCAAUUAAGGAUGAAUUAAACCAAGCUGACUCAGAAGUGGAAAACAGUAAACGCCGUUUGCAGCACUAUGAAGACAAACAGAAAGAACACUUGGCUUGCAUAAAAAGACAUAAAGAAUUACUAGCUGUCAAAGAAAAAGAAUUAGAGGAAAAAACAGCACAAGCUAGGCAAAUCUACUCAGAGCGCAUGGAGGUCAGCAGAACUGUUAAGAGUCUUGAUGCAGAAAUGAAUCGCUUAAGAGAGAGGAUAAAUUCAGAAAAUCUUCGCCAUGGAAACAGAGAAGAAAUAGUACAGCAAUUUCAUGAUGCAAAGGAAAGAUAUGAGGAUGCAAACACUAAAGUAAAGCAUUUAAAGAAGUUUAUUAGGCUGCUGGAAGAAAUAAUGACUCAGAGAUUCAAAAUAUAUCGGCAAUUCUUAAGGCUCCUUUCUUUACGAUGCAAACUCUACUUUGACAAUUUGUUACGUCUUCGAGCCUGCUCUGGAAAAAUACUUUUCGAUCACAAGAAUGAGACACUUUCAAUAACAGUUCAGCCUCGAGAGGAAGACAAAGCUGCCCUUAAUGAUGUGAGGUCCUUAUCAGGAGGUGAACGUUCCUUCUCAACAGUUUGUUUCAUUCUUUCUCUGUGGUCCAUUACUGAAUCUCCUUUCAGAUGCUUGGAUGAAUUUGAUGUCUACAUGGAUAUGGUUAACAGAAGAAUUGCAAUGGAUAUGAUUCUUAAGGUGGCUGACUCUCAGCAUCAUCGACAGUUCAUUUUGCUCACCCCACAACGCAUGAGUUCUCUGCCUACGUGUCCCCGUAUUCGAAUUCUCCGAAUGCAAGACCCGGAAAGAGGCCAAAGAACGUUGAAUUUCCAAAAUAGGAAUGACAAAGAGGAAGAUCAAUAAGUAUCUCUGUGUAUGAAUAUGGCAUACUAUUGAGGAUAAAUGUGUAAUGAUGUGUGUAAAGUUAUUACUUCCUGAUGCUGGAUAAGGGGAUCUUUUGUUAGAUACUGUCAGGAAAAGAAGAGGUUCUCGUAUUUUUAUUUUUUAAGAAUUACUGGAUGUGUACAGACUAAGAAUAAACAGUUUUAAUGAUGAGAAAACCCUGAAUGUUCAGUUGGUAUUUUUAACUAGUAGAAUUUUUUUAUCAGUUGUUCUGUUUUUUCUUCUGGAAAAGAUGAAAUAUAUUUUGUAUAAUUAUGGAGUAAUAUUUUAAUAAACAGUGAGAACUGAUACUUGUGGUAAUGUUUUAGUGUCUCUACACAGUUAAACUUUGCAUUAAGUUAAAAAUGUUGGUUUCUUCCUAGCUCUGCUUUAUUUCCUAAACAUGUGCUAAUUAAUACAUGUAAAACAUGUGUUUCAUUUUUUUCCAGUGGAACCAUAGCAGCUGAACAUGAGAAACUAUCAGUACUUACAGUGUAUACUUUCAUAAUUAGAGAAGAGAAAAAUUUAUCUGCAGUGUAUUCUCUGGGCAGGACAAAAAUGCUUUUAUUUCUUUGUAAAGAGUUUAUGGGGAAGAGUUUGAGAUUCUUUGGACAUGAGCUUAUACAACCUAGCAAAUUGUGGCUUUAUAAACUUAUAUUCUUAUUUCCAAUAAACUAAGUUCUUGCACAGUCUGAGUUUGCAGAUAUAGACUAAAUCAGUAGACACUCAUAUUAUAACAAACUGAAGUGACAGAAGUCCUUCCAAUAUAGAGGAACGAAGUAGAAUAAGAAUUUUGGGAAAUAAUACAGUAACUUUUUUACAGCAUUGUAGGCCUGCAUUUUGUUGGGUGUCCCUGCCCCCCCUCCCCUGGGACUAUACUAGAGCAGUUAAAAUAAAAUAAACUUGCUUUAUUUAAAUAAUACAAGUAUUUACUGGGGAUAAGAGGGAGAAAGAAGAGCCAGAUUUUUCAAACUGCCCCAAAUUAACUUUUUUCUGUUCUCCUUUCUCCAGGAACUUGAAAUUGUUGGGAGCUCUUCAAAAACAAUCACUUUUUAGAGUUCAGACGUACUUUUUUUUAAUGUUAUGGGGAUACAAGCCAUUGAGACUAUUCAGAGAACAGUUCUGCAGUUUCUACAGUUAUUUACUGAAUAGCAAUUCCUCAAUAAAACCUCAUUGCAGUGUAAGUUUUAA